AUGGUCGGCUCAAAGCGCGGCGCACCGUCGGCCUCGACCUAUGCCGCAUCGCACCUGUCGCUCUCGGUGCUCGCGCUCCUCUCGUCGGCCGGCUUCUCCAAAUCGUCGUCGACCGCCGCCCACCUGCUCACCGAGGUGCUGCAGCGCUACAUUCAGCUCCUCGGCACCACCUGCGUCCAGCAUGCCAACCACAGCGGACGCAACGUCGUCGCACCGCUCGACCUGAGCGCCGCACUCGAGCACAUCCUCGGCGGUGGCGACCCUAUUGAAGAGGUCCUUCAGUGGGCCGAGGACGAAGGCAGGCUUGACUUUGACCCGCACCACGGCUACGACGUCGAGGCAGAGAGACAACAACAGCAGCUACAGCAGCAGCUCGCCAACGGCAGCACUUCCAGAACCAACGGCCAGCCAGCGUCACACCCGGUCCCGACAUCCUCAGAAUCCCGAGACCCGCUGCGGGAUCCACUGAGGGGGUCGGACCUGAGGAAGCGGCUCUCGGUCGGCAGGCCCCAGCCAGUCGCAGAUCCAGCGGCCGAGGUGCACUACAGGCCCAUUCCUCCCGAACAAUUCGAGGUGUUGGCAGAGCAGAGCUACCGGCGAGAGAAACGCAUCCAAGAGCUUGUCUGGGACGGCAUCGACUCCGCAGAAUGGUGCCAGGACAACGUCCGUGCCUCGGUCAAGGCAGGCAAGCGCAAGGCUGAAGAUUCAGACGCCAUGGACGUCGACGGAGACGUCCACGAUGCGGCGGCGGCGGCGGCGGCAGUACGACACCGAUCGCGCUCCGGCUCACCUAUGGCAAGCAGCGAGGAGAAGAGAUUGGCGGGGACUGACGACUACGGCGACGACAGCGACAGCCGCACCGACGGCUAUCUGAGCAGCGGGGCUGGGAGCAGCAACAGCCGCGGUCGCCGCAGAUCAUCGUCGCUCCGGCCGCAAGGCGGUGUCAACGGGACAGCAUCGAGAUCGACAUCGCGCCAUCGACACUGGCAGCAGCAUCAACAAGGGCGGCGGCACCGCUCCGCCAGUGGUCGCGAUGCGGAAAUACCGUCUCUCGACGCAGCCGGCGAAGGUGUCGUGCGCCGUUUCGGCGAGCUGGAGAUCGACUAUGUGCCGAGCUAUCUGCCCGCCUUUCCGCAGGUCGAGGCACCCUCAGCUGCUGCACCGAGCCGAGGCUUGCGCGGCGAUGGGACAGCAGCAGCACCAUCCCCAAGCCUCAUUGCCACUGGUUGGGGCACGGAUCAAGGCGGGUUGGCAGGGAGUGGGACCUCGGCGAGUCUUGCACCGCCGCCGCCGUCGCUCCCGCCGCCGCAGGACACCGACCUCGAAUACAUCGAGCAGGAGCGGCAACGCGCCGAAGCGGCGCAGCAGGCGACGCUCGCAGCGACCCACGCCGCGGCUGCCGCCCGCGCAGUCGAGACGCAAGGUGAGGGGGCCGAGCCAGCAGUGCAGACCAAGCCCGAGCCGACGGACGAGCAAAAGGCGGCCGAGGCGGAAAAGGCGCUCGAGGCGCUCCAGUCGCGGCGGGUGCUGCGCGACUGCUGGAGAGAGGCCAUCCCAUUCGAUUCAUCGACGCUCGGUGUCGCCCACCCGCAGCACGAGCUCGGCGACUUGGAAAAGGCCGUCGCCGAGAUGGCCUCUGCGUCGGCGCAGGACGACAUCAUCUCGAUUGCGCCGCCGACGUCGUCGCUGCGGGCGUUUGCGGCCGACUUCAAGUCGCUCCUCGACGACCCGUCGACCUCGGGCGCGGCGGGCAUCUUCCUGACGCCGUACGGCGCAGCACACCAGGACGCCGCCUCGAAACGGCGCCGGCUCGCCUACGGCAUUGCCGACCCGGCGCGCUACGUGCCCAACGACAGCCUGUAUGGCGCUGUCGGUGCGCGGCCGGUCGUGGUGCCCUUCCAGCCUGGGCCGAGCUGGCUCGUCUCGACGCUACCGCCGCCGACGUUGUACGAGGACAAUGCGGCGGUGGCCUCUGCGCUGUCGGCGCCCAUCCUCACGCCCGUGCUGCCGCAGGGUCGACCGUCUGCGCUCAUCCCUCCGUCGGGUAGCCUGGUGCCGCCGCUGGCCUACCGCCACCCCGCCCACCUCGCCAUGGCGGCGCGCAUCGUGUCAAACGGGGAGCUGCUGCGGCGCAUCUCUCGCUUCGACGACCCGCCGCCGCUGCUCGACGACAAGCACGCCGAGCGCUUCUUCCACGGCCUGCCCGCCUCGCGCGACCUGGUGGGCGGUUCGAGCUCCUCGAGCGAUCUCAGCUCCAACAUUUCCAAGUCGCGCAACGGCGGCGGCGGCAGCGGUAGCGGCAACACGACGCUGCACGCCGCGCUCGAGAAGCUCGUGCUGCAGCUCAAGGACAAGGAGGCCGUGGUGCUGCCGGAAGAGGACAAGGAGGAGCUGCAGCGGCGACAGCAGGAGCUCCAGCUGCAGAUGCAGGCGGCCGAGUCGGCGGGCGGAGACGGCGCCGCCGAGGGCAGGGCAAAGGGCGAAGGCGUGGCGGGAAUGGUGGGGGACAGCUACGCCAGUCGCAUCCGAAACGGCCAGAUCACCAUGGUGCACACCUGGGACUGGACGGUCAAGGAUCCGUUUGACCCUACCCUGCCAGGCCGUAGGGUACGCGGCGGCGAUGGGUCAAGCAAGUUUGCCUCUGCGACGGCUCCCGUGGCCAUUGAGAGGGAAAAGGGCAAGAAGAAGCGCGAGAGCAGCGCCAAUGGCCUCGUUGUCGGAGCAGCUGGCGGCGGGAGCAGCGGCGGGGCCGAGUGGAGCUCGGAAAGUCAGAAUGGAGCUGCAUGA